GGAGUUUCUGUUUUUGUGUGACAAGAUCUAAAAUGAGUUGUGCCCCUCCUUGGCCUUCUCUCUCUUCAUGAGAAUAUGCAUGCAUAGCCCAGGCUAGCUAUCCUUCUAGUGAGAUCUGUCAUGUCUCUCUCAUCAAAAUGGUGCUUUAUUUAUUCCAUCCUCUGAUCAGAUCUACCCCAAACCAUCUUUAGUUUACUUAAUUUCUCCCAAAUAGCCCAGAGACAACUUUUCUUGAUGAAGAUCACAAGAACCCAUCCAUCAACAUCUGGCCUAGCUCUCAUAUGCAUCACAUAUAUACUAACCUCGCCCGUGCAUGAAAUCAUUCAAUUAUAUAACAUUCAAAACCACCUUUCCCUCUCAUGAAGGUUACUUCCCUUCCUUAAAUUACAACCCUCCACCUCUCAUCUUCUCUAGAUCUUAUGUUGAUUCCUUGUUAGCUAGGGUUUCUUAGCUAGCCAGCCUAGCUAGCUUUCUAUUUCUAUCUCAGAUCAUAAGAAAUCAAGUUUAAUUAGUAUUCCAAUGGCAUCAUCAUCACAAAAGGGAGAUCACCCCGAAAAUGAGGGCCAUCGGCAGAGCUCCGGCGGACGGAAAGCACCGCAUCCGCCGGCGAGUAGGCCGCAUCUAGAACAAGCUGCGGCGGCAGCGGGGGCGGCAGCGGCUUUGAAGUGCCCUAGAUGUGAUUCUCCAAACACAAAGUUUUGCUACUACAACAACUACAGCCUUUCCCAGCCAAGGCACUUCUGCAAGACUUGUAGAAGGUACUGGACGAGAGGUGGAGCUUUACGGAGCGUCCCGAUCGGCGGCGGCUGCCGGAAAAACAAGAAAGUGGUGAAGCCUUCCUUGUCGAGGCUUUCUGGCGGCAACUCUUCAUCAACUGCGGCUUUUCCCUCGUCGGUGGAUAUGGGUCGGUUCAAGUUCCUUAACAGCCAUCUGUCGACUCCCGCCAUGGAUUUCCAAAUCGGCGCGCUGAGCUUCGCGCCCGUUCCGGCCCUUAACCUAUCUCCGGCCACCGGCGGCGGCGUUUUCAAUUACCAUUUCUCCGCUUCCUCUUCUUCUCCCAUGAUCAACCAAUCUUCGGCGUCAAUGAUCCCAGCUUGUUUCAAUCUUGAUCCGCCGCCGCCGGGUAUUACUUCUUCUCUACUCGGCUUCAACUUUAGUUUCCCUUGUAAUGUACUCAAAAGAGAUGGAGAAAACAAGACAUCCGCCGGCGGCGCAGGGUUUCAAGAAAUGGGUGCAAAUGUAAAUCUAGCAUCUUCAAUCGAGUCCUUGAGCUCAAUCAACCAAGAGCUUCAUUGGAAACUACAGCAACAACGAUUUGCAAUGUUCUACGGUGGGGAGAAAGAGAAACCCCAACCUAUGUUGUUUCAGAAUCUCGAGAAUAUUCUGAGAGCUCCCCCGCCGGAAACCGCCGCAGAAGGAGGCGGCGGGAACUUAUUAGAGACUGAAUGGCUUCUUGACACCACCGCUUCUUUUGAAAAGUUUAUAAAUCCAAGCGGAAAUAGUAAUGAGAAUGGGAAUGUGAAUGAAAAUGAAAACCCUACAAGCAAUUGGAACAAUAAUGGCUUUCAAGCAUGGUCAUCAUCAUCUACCAUGAAUGGUCAUCAUACUUAUAACAUGCCGUAAUCCGGCCGGCCGGCCGGCCGAGGUGGGCGGGGUGAGGAUAAAUAUGGUCGGAAAAAAAUAUGAUUCAAUUUUUUCUUUUAUCUUUUAUUGUUUCUGUUACAUUUCAAUAAUCAACUUAUCAUCUUGUGGUCUUUGUUGUGUGAAGUAUAGUAUCAUCAUUAGAUAAUGUAUGUAGAUCCGAUCCUUCAUCAAGGGAAGACUGUGAAUUGAAUGUGCUUGAUGAGCUAAUUAAGCUAAAGAACGUAACAUGUAAAAUCAGAUUUUAUUUAGGAGAUUUCUAUGCUACCUCUUCAAAUUUGGAGUGUACCAUACAUUUGCCUU